UCGGCCAGUAGGCGGCCGCCGCCUUUGUGAGGCGAGGCUUUGGCGUGGAAGGUUCGCGAAACUGCCGCCGCCAUUAGGCGCUCCGAAGCGCUGAUCUGCCUAUGGCGACCGGAGCGAACGCGACGCCGCUGGGGAAGCUCCACCCGCCUCCGCCUCCUCCGCCGGGCAAGGCCGGCUAUCCGCUCCCUCCGCCGGGCCUGGUGAUGCAGGGCCCGCCGCCCCCGCCGCCUCCGGGCCCCGCGCAGGCCCAGCCGCAGCCAGCCAUCCCCAGCCUCAUGGCGGCCGCCGCCUUCCCCUUCGCCGCGCUGCCGCCGCCCCCGCCGCCCCCUCCUCCGCCGCCGCCCCCGCCGCCGCAGCAGCCUCAGCCGCCCCCGCAGCAGCCCCCGCCGCCGCCGCCCCCGCAGGCCCAGCCGCAGCCCCAGCAGGGCCCCCAGUACGGCCAGUACCGCUUCCCCUCGCCGCCCCCGCCGCAGAUGGGCCACGAGCAGCCGCCCCAGCACCUCCAUCUCCACUCGCAGGACGACGGCGGCCAGGCCGGGGCCGGCAACCAAGAUUUCCCAAAUAAGAAGAGGAAGAGGAGCAGAUGGAAUCAGGAUGCCAUGGACCAGAAGACUGUUAUUCCUGGCAUGCCCACAGUCAUCCCUCCUGGGCUUACCCGUGAACAAGAGAGAGCUUAUAUAGUGCAACUGCAGAUAGAAGACCUGACUCGUAAACUGCGCACAGGAGACCUGGGCAUCCCCCCUAACCCUGAGGACAGGUCUCCUUCUCCGGAGCCGAUCUACAACAGCGAGGGGAAGCGCCUGAACACCCGCGAGUUCCGGACCCGCAAGAAGCUGGAGGAAGAGAGGCACAACCUGAUAACGGAGAUGGUGGCGCUCAAUCCGGACUUCAAGCCACCAGCUGAUUACAAACCUCCAGCAACCCGAGUGAGUGACAAAGUGAUGAUCCCGCAGGACGAAUAUCCUGAGAUUAAUUUCGUUGGACUUCUGAUCGGACCCAGAGGGAACACACUGAAGAACAUUGAGAAAGAGUGCACCGCCAAGAUCAUGAUCAGAGGCAAAGGCUCUGUGAAAGAAGGGAAGGUGGGGCGGAAAGAUGGCCAGAUGCUGCCUGGCGAGGACGAGCCGCUGCACGCGCUGGUCACUGCGAACUCCAUGGAGAACGUGAAGAAGGCUGUGGAACAGAUCCGGAACAUCCUGAAGCAAGGCAUUGAAACGCCAGAGGACCAGAACGACCUGCGCAAGAUGCAGCUGCGGGAGCUGGCCCGCCUGAACGGGACUCUGCGUGAGGAUGACAACAGGAUUCUGCGCCCCUGGCAGAACACGGAGACACGUAGCAUCACCAACACCACGGUGUGCACCAAGUGUGGAGGAGCUGGCCACAUUGCCUCGGACUGCAAGUUUGCCCGGCCCGGAGAUCCCCAGUCAGCGCAGGAUAAAGCACGGAUGGACAAGGAGUACUUGUCUCUGAUGGCUGAGCUGGGAGAGGCCCCCGUCCCGUCCUCGGUGGGGUCGUCUUCGGGACCUUCCAACCCACCCCUGCAAAGUGGCCCGAGACCGUCGGGGCCAGGAAACAACCAGCCGCCCCCUAACCGCCCACCAUGGAUGAACUCUGGUCCCUCGGAAAACCGGCCCUUCCACAGUAUGCACGGUGGCGGAGGAGGGCCGGCAGGGCCUGGCGGCCCCCACAACUUUCCUCACCCCAUGUCAAAUAUGGGAGGACAUGGGGGUCACCCCAUGCAGCACAACCCCAACGGCCCCCCGCCUUGGAUACAGCCUCACAAUCCGCCAAUGAACCAGGGACCACACCCUCACGGCCCCCCAGGGCCCCACCACAUGGAUCAGUACCUGGGCAAUGCGCCAGUGGGCUCUGGGGUCUAUCGCCUCCAAGGAAAAGGUAUGAUGCCGCCUCCGAUGGGUAUGAUGCCCCCGCCGCCCCCUCCGCCCAGUGGCCAGCCUCCCCCGCCUCCCUCUGGUCCUCUCCCCCCAUGGCAGCAGCAGCAGCAGCAGCCUCCACCCCCGCCUCCCAGCAGCAGUACUCCCUUGCCAUGGCAGCAAAGUGAAUACGACGACCACCACCACCACGAGCGCUGGCACCGGGGCCCUCCCUCCAUGGCAGCAGCAGCAGGGAACAGCGGCGGCAACUUCUACGGGGGCCCCGCAGAUGCAAGGCAGCCCCUCCAUGGUGCCUUUGCCUCCAGGGGUCCAGCCUCCGCUGCCCCCCGGGGCCCCGCCCCCUCCUCCGCCCCCGCCCCCUGGCUCCGCGGGCAUGAUGUACGCCCCUCCCCCUCCCCCUCCCCCCAUGGACCCUACUAACUUCGUCACCAUGAUGGGGGUGGGGGUGCCAGCCUUGCCACCGUUUGGCAUGCCCCCUGCCCCCCCACCACCCCCGCCACAGAACUGAAGGAGGGGUUUUUCUUACACAGUUGUCUUUCUUACCAAUGUGGAGCCAGGAGAACCGGAGACCGGGAGCGAAGCCCGGCCAGGAGCCUACGAGGGAUGGGUCCCCCCUCUCCGCUCCUCCCUCGGUGUUUUAGAGAGGUGUGUGACUCUUGUCAAAUGCCUGGUUUGAGUGGCUGUCUGGUAUCCUUGGCUAGCAGAACCCACCUCCCCCCUCAGGACACUAGUGCCGACGAGUCUUCCCCUCGGCAGUGAGGGCAGCCCACUCUCCCAUCAUGAGAGUGCGGAGCUUCUGGGGCGCACUCGCAGGGGGCCUUCCACGUCCUGCCAUGGCGGCGGCAGUUCUGCAGAGCUGGGAUGGUGGCUCUUGUCCUAAGAUCUUCUGGCCAGGAGUAGUACUUUUUUGACCCCCUCCUUAGGAGACACCCUGUCGUGCACACCCAUCAACACGUGUUCCAGUAGAGUUGAAGAAGCAAGUGGCUUUCUGUAGCGUGUCAGGGGCUGAGGUUGAGGGUGCCUGCGUGCGCCACAGCUGCUUGGAGGGGAUUGGUUUUCUCCUCUGGGUCCCCAUAGUGGGGGAAAGGUAGAUCUCCCAGGAUGGGUCUCCGUUGUAAAGAUGGGGGGCUUUAAGCCCCGCCCCACUCUCCUGUAGUGUAGUUAAGGUGAAACGGCAUCAAGAGAGCAGGUCCAUCUAUUCUGAAGUCCGUUGGCCUCUUGUCAGCUGCCUAGGAACUCCUUCCUUUCCUUUUCUUUUUUUUUUAAACGCAUCUGAAUGUUUUGUGGUUUGGGGUGGCCCCACCCCCAGAUUGAGUGACUUCUGUUGACAAUGACGUGUCCGUGCAACGCUCCAUUCCGUCGCCUGUAACCAUUUUCUUAAUUGCUUUUUGUGUAAGAGGAAAACUGCAGCCGAGGGGAGGUUCUGAUUAAAUGCAGUUUUUAAAAUA